AUGGCAGUAGCCUCUGAAGGCACCUCUAUAGAGUACACGCCGACAUGGGCACUUGCCAGCGUUUACUUCUUCUUCAUUUUCACCGCUGUCUUCCUCCGGUACUCCAUCCAUCUCCUUGCCAACUGGCUCAGGAGGCAUCGAAAAGCUGCCUUGACUGAUGCAGUUGAGAAGCUCAAAUCAGAGUUGAUGUUUCUGGGAUUUGCAUCACUUCUAUUGGCAGUAACCCAAGAUUCUAUAUCUAAAUUCUGCAUACCAGCCAAGCUUGUAGACACCAUGCUUCCAUGUCGCAAAAGGGUUGCACCCGAAUCAACCCAAAAAGAAGAAGAUGCUGAACACUUUGUGGCAAGAAAUUUCUCGACAGGAGCAGGUGGUUUGUAUGGUGAAAUUCAUAGUUUGCUUGCAGAUGAAGCUGUUUCUGAUUCUUGCAGUGAUGGAAAAGUACCUUUCAUGAAAAAACGUUCUCUGCAUCAGCUUCACAUACUGAUUUUCGUGCUGGCGGUUAUGCACAUUGUGUAUAGUGUUCUCACCAUGGCUUUGGGAAGGGCCAAGGUGUUGUUUAGCUUUAGCCAUUACAAAGCUGUUCUAAAUUUUAAGUGCAAUUGA